GGUGGGCUCUCGGGGUACCAGGACUGGCUUCUCUAUUCAAAAACACACAGAUGUUACUCCACGCUUCAGAUCAUUUUGCUGCUGCUGGGCAGUUUCAUUCGCUGAGCUGGUUUGAAGGAACUGUGGGGUGGCUGGGUUUAUGCAGAGCUGCUUUUCAUGGGCUGCAUUAACUUGGGGGGACUGAAAGCAGCUGCAGGAUUAGAUAAAGGGAUGCUUUGAAUUCUGCUUCUGCGCUUAAAGAAAGGAUUAUGACUGAAUGGAAGUCAGCUAACAGCAUGUGGUGGGAAUCUCGGACCAUUCACUCUCCAGACCUGAGCUAAAUCUAAAAGAAUGAAGAUCCAGAAAGGAAGGAAUGAAUACUAUAAGGAACUUUUCAAAUCAUAAAGGUACACCUCAGCCAUUAUUGAUUGAAUGCAGGACUUAUAUUGGAGUGGCUAUUAUCCGUGCCUUUGAGUCAGGAAGAGACAGGUUCAAAUCCCACUCCAGGGCUUGAUGGCUAUGGAAGGCGUAUUUAUGUUGUGACCACAGAGGAUUGGCCGACCUCCAUUGAUCGAGGGAAUUUUCUAACCUUCAAAGAUCAACUUAUGCACUGACAUCCACGGUGAUGAAGAAAUGUAGGACCAACCUUGGAGAUGCCGAAGAGACGGGACAUCCUCGCAAUUGUAUUGAUUGUUUUACCCUGGACUCUGCUUAUUACAGUUUGGCACCAAAACGCCAUCUCACCUCUGCUAGCCCUCAGAAAGGAUCUUGGGAGUGAGAAUGGCAACCACCGAGAUAUUGGUCAGUCGUCAGGUUCCAAGGAGUAUUGUCCAUCAGAUAAGGAUAUUGUGGAGGUGAUCAGGACAGAGUAUGUUUAUACACGGCCUCCUCCCUGGUCAGAUAUCCUCCCCACAAUUCAUGUUAUCACUCCAACUUACAGCAGGCCUGUACAGAAGGCAGAACUCACAAGGGUUGCUAACACACUACUUCAUGUGCCUAACCUCCACUGGAUUGUGGUGGAGGAUGCGCAAAGAAGAACAACACUGGUGACCCAACUCCUCAAGGAGACGGGCCUUAACUACACACACUUGAAUGUAGAGACACCACGCAGUUACAAGUUGAGAGGAGAUAUUCGGGACCCUCGUUUCCCACGUGGCACAAUGCAAAGAAACCUGGCACUGAGGUGGCUUCGGGAAAUGUUCAAUUUAAACAACACACAGCAAGGGAUCAUAUAUUUCGCAGAUGAUGACAACACUUACAGUUUAGAGUUGUUUGAAGAGAUGCGUGCCACAAGGAAAGUCUCAGUCUGGCCUGUUGCCUUCGUGGGCGGACUCCGUUAUGAAUCUCCAAAAGUGAAUGCAAUGGGAAAAGUUUACGGAUGGAAAACAGUGUUUGAUCCACACAGACCGUUUGCCAUUGAUAUGGCAGGGUUUGCAAUAAACCUUCGAUUAAUCCUGCAGAGACCGCAAGCUUAUUUCAAGCUACGUGGAGUAAAGGGUGGCUAUCAAGAAAGUAGUCUUCUACGAGAGUUAGUGACACUAAAUGACCUGGAACCUAAAGCAGCCAAUUGCACUAAGAUACUAGUUUGGCACACACGAACUGAGAAACCUGUGCUGGUGAAUGAAGGCAAAAAAGGCUUCACAGAUUUAAACGUGGAAAUAUAAAUGCACAGAAAAAUAGACCUGAAACCUGGCUACAAGUUGAUUGCUCCAAACUCGUACCACACAUACAAAUGGACAAGAUGGUAGUGAUUUUACUUUUCAGAAAAGCAACAAUGUAGAUUGCGUACUUAUGUGACAGGACAAGGAACAGGUCAUGUCACCAAAUAAUUAAAUGGACAAAGCACAGAAGAGAAUCCUAACAAACGAACUACUAUAGUUAGAGAAUGUGUUCUGUGACAUCAUUUAACAAGGUUUUGUGAUUUAUGAUAAGGAUAGGUUCCUUUGUAUGUGUGAGUAAUGCGGAUCCAUUGCAAUGCAUUCUGUUGCAUGGGAAAAGGAAGAUGCAUGCACUCAGUGUGAAUACCAAACCAGAAAUAAAUACUGGCCUUAGAAAGCUUCCUACAAAAGAUAUGGAGAAGCAGUGAAGAGGAUUGGGCCGUAAUUGUGAGGUGCUGCGUGAACCUUUUCCACCAUUUUCCUGAAAAGAUAUAAGGAAUGGAAUGCUUGGGUUUACAUACCUCUUGAGCCUGCACCUAUUUGGUUAGUCUUUAAAAGUACGCAUAAUGUAUUCCACCUUCAUUUAGUCACAUGGAUAUUGACUCGAAUUUAUCACAAAGUGUGUAACACUGGGUCAAUUUGUAGUGUUCAUCCUUUUCACAAGGGCUCUUUCAUCAGGUAGUACAGCUGAAGCUUGGUUCAAAUAAUACAUGUUCAUAGUUGGAAGGUUAUCGCAGUAUGAGAGGUACCAUAACAGUUUAACUGACUGGACCAGAUUAGUAAAAAGGUAGUUGACAAAUGAAUUUUUUUUCAGCCCAACUAAGUCAUCUACAUUCACAAGGAAUGCAACAAAGGUAUUAUUGACAAAGGUCAUAAUUACUGGAUGUGAUAAAUGUAGACAGGUAGUAAUGCUACAUAUUAAUUAAGUGGACCUAAGUAUUGUUGGAUGACAUCAUUUUACCACCAUUUGUGAGUGAUAGAGAAUUAUGGAAGACACAGGUUUAAGUACGCAAGCUAACAAUUCAGAAGAUUAAGGGUUAAUUAGAUUGUACCUGUUGCACACAAGGAAAGAUUGUUGAUAGGAACUGCAAAGGUCAUCCUGCACAGUGCAAUAGGAUCCUAAUUUAAGGAUACUGCAUAUUUAUUGAACAGAGCGGGACUCAGAAUACAUCUAAGCCAUGAUUAAAAAUAAAUGAUGAGAAAAAGCUGGAAGUAGCAAUGUGAUCUUAAGCAGGAAGAGAAACUUGAAGUAUGAUACAGUUUUGGAACUGAUCCAGAUCUCAUGAAGAGUCCCAUCCACAGUAUUAACUCUUUAAAUUCUCUUAGACACUGACUACCUGCUAGAUAGCGCAGCAAAUGCUCUUAUCUCGGGUUUCUGAUUUUGGUAGAUAGUUCACACCUGUCCCUGACUUGUGACAUACUUGAUCUUCAGUUCAGGAUAUUCAUAUUGAAGUAUUUUAUUCAGCCAACAUUGGUUCCUUCAUAUUCAUGAGCUCAAAUUCCUUAACAUUUUGUAAUGUUUGUUUCAAAGUUGAGUCCCUUUCCUUCCUAGUACCCCGCAUAGACAGCAUCGCAUUCAGUGUACUUUUGAAGUGACAAUGUCAUUACAACUGUUAGUUGGCCUGCCAUUUAGUAAUAUUGCCUCGCUCAGCAGGACUAGCUCAGAAAAACAUAGAUCAGAAAGUUCACCAAGGGCACCUCAGAAUCUUUAAUAUUGUGCAGCAGCAGUUUUUUGUACCUUUGUUUAUUCAAUAUUGGUGAAUGGAACCGUACAAAAAAAUGCCCUGUAAGGAGCGCAGCAAAUGGCUCCAAGGAUAAAAGCAGUGCAAAUUUAUUUGCUUCAAAUACUUUUGUGAAUAUUUAAUUUGAGACCCAUGGAGAUCGCAAAAUGAAUUCUGAAUGAAAUAAAGAAUUCUGGUCACAUGAUGAAAUAAGGCUAUUCAGAUACUGGACUCUAAAUUGAUAAUUAGUAAUAAAUAUGUUAGCUCAUGUGUUAAAUUUGUUUGCCCCAUAUCAUAAAGAGGGUGGCAAUUUUUUAACAAUUAUGUACAGCGUGAAUUUAUGAUGAUCCCAUCAUGAUUUAUUAAUUGCAUAUGGUUUGCUUAUGUGACCAUGAAUUAAGAGGGCUCUCCCGUUCAUUCUGAAAUUCAUCCAGUUUCAGUAAUCCUAGGGUACUGACAUGAUGAGUCCAACUGAAAGCAAUAUAAGCAAAAUUCCUCAAUAAGUACAUCUUCAAAAAAAUUUUGCAGCUUCUCUGCAUGAAGCCAGUGUCCAGGUGGAAUGUUCUUAGUAUCAAUGUGAGAAAGAUUAAGUAUAAAAAAAGCAGAAUGAGUCAGUUCAGAUGCAAAAAUGUUUCAAAUCACAUAGCCAAGUGUUUACGAAUUAUUUUCAGCACACAGAAGCCAAAGACAUCUUGUAAUGUCAGCUUGGCUUAGUUAUUAGCACUCUUGAUUGUGAGCUUGAAUCUGGUAAGUUGAAACUCUGCCUCUGGAGCAAAGCACUUAAGAUUGGUGGACUCUUCAUUGCAAUAUUGAAGGAGUUUUGCACUGUUGAAGAUUUUGGGUUUUGGUGAGGUUUUCAUCCAGUAUCUCAGCUUCCUGGUGAAGGGACUCAGAUGGAUGUUAACAAUGUUAUGGUGUCAUUACCAUGUUAUGCAUUUCAUUUCUUCUUGUUGUUUGCAAAAUGAGUGCACUGGUGAUCUAUGGAACAAUGACUGUGCUUCAGAAUCCGGAGAUAGUUCUAAAGACGUUUACCAUGUCUAGGGUGGUCUGGAAUCAGGGGACAGAAUCUCAGAAUGAAAGGUAGGCCACUUAUCAUUGAAAUUAGAAGGAAGUACUUCAAUUAGAAGUUCAUGAAGCUUUGGAAUUCUUUAUUCCAUGUGGCUAUGGAGGUUCAGCCAUUGAGUAUAUUCAAGAUAAUUUGAUGGUUUUCUAGAUCUAAAAAAUGGGGGCAUGGGGAUAGUGGGGUUAGUGCAGAGAAAUGAUAUUGAAUAGAAGAUUUGAGGUGGCACGGUGGCUCAGUGGUUAGCAUUGUUGCUUCAUAGCACCAGGGACCUGGGUUCAAUUCCAGCUAUGGGCGACCGUGUGGAGUUUGCACGUUCUCCAUGAGCCCCUGAAUUUGCGUGGGUUUCCUCCCACAGUCCACAGAUGUACAAGUUAGGUAGAUUAGCCAUGCUAAAUUGCCCAUAGUGUUUGGGGAUGUGUAGAUUAGGUGGGUUAUAGGUGCAUGGGUCUGGGUGGGAUGCUCUGAGUGUCAGUGUGGACUUGUUGGGCCAAAGGGCUGUUUCCACACUGUAGGGAUUCUAUGAUCAUGAGACCAGCCACAAUUUUGUUAAUUAGUUGAGUAGAUUCAAAGGGCUAAGUGACAUACUCCUGCUCCUAUUUCCUAUGUUCUUAUGGAAUGUGAUCGGGAGCUGUACGUCAAAAUGUUUCUUCAAGUUCUUCUUUUUAAUGGACAGUUGUAAAGCGUAUUUAAGAGAUAAUUUCAAUAUCAUGCUGUGUAAAUGGAACCUUACCUGAUGAUAGGGCCUGUGAGAAGUAAAUUAAUAGCUUUCAUACCAUUGAUUUCAAUCAUUACCAGAUCAUAUUCAUCAUCCACAGUUAGUUCCAAACUAAAUUCUUGGCAGGCCAGGAUGCAAACUGAGAAUUAGCGUUAGAAAACAAUCUGUUUCACUAUCAUGACAAACCAGUCCUUUCCUCUACUGUUGCAAAAUUUGUGUGUUGUCUAACCUGUGUUAGUCAAACUUCCAGUUUCAGUGCAAAAUCUCUGGUCAGACUUGAAUCUAAGGUUGCACUGGAUUGUGGUCAUGCAUUGCAAUUUAUGUCAGUAUAGGCUAUUUACUCACAUUUAAACCUUCUUUUCCAGUCUGCAGAACUCCAUUCAUAAAGAAUCUUCUUCCUCAUCAUAUUGUUGUGUUAAAACAGAGCACUUUAACAUAUUAGUUGAACAUAACUUAUUUGAACUGUACUGCCCAAAGGCAUAUCUAUAAGGGCAGUAAUGUAUAAACAUACUUCAUCAUAACUAAUGCUUCAGAGAUACGUCUAUGAUAGCCCAUUUCCAAGUUCAAAGAUUAUUUUCCUGAAAGAAAACAAGGAAUCUCAGUCCACUCAAUCAAAAUAAUAAACAAUAAGGAAGGGCACAACAAAUCCUUGAAUCUCAGAUUGUUUUACUACAAUCUUGUAAAUUCUAGAUUCUCAGCUAAGCAACUGUACCUUUCCAAGAUCAGCUACAGCAAAGCCUUUUUUGUGUCAUUACUGGCAGUUCUACAAUAAAUAGGCUAUAUGGAUUAUGUAAACAGUCAUAAUCAAUAUUCAUUAUACAGGGCAGAUUUAUACUGUACUUGAUUAUCAUCUUGUUGUAUGAAAUAGAUCUUAUCAAGGUUCAGCAGUUUACAUUUAGACCCUUAAGCAAUGAUGGAUUUGAGGUAAAGUCUUUGUGGAAAAAUAAUCCUUUAUGGAGUAUUUGCUGCCAUCUCUCUGUUUCAGAAUUUCUUCACUGCUCCUUUAAUCUUUUUACAACAUGGCUUUUUCAUAAGGCUUGCACUAAAUUGGAGAAAAUAAACUUUCCUGUGAACAGAAAUACAUUACAUUACCACAAAGUUUAUAUUCCCAGGAAAAUGGAAAUUGGUAAAAUUGCUUCCCCUCCUGCCUCCACUGGCUGAUGAGUCAAUCAAUAAAUGCUGUGACUUUAAGCCGUGUUGACCAGGAAAGAUGAUGGUUUGAGUCACCAUGUGUCAUUUAAUCUUUGUCAGAGUAGCAAUAUCAGUAUUACAAUUGACUUCAGGCCUCCUACCAAAAGGAAAAACAAAAUUCAACCAGUAUUCCUAUUCUGUAUCUAGCGAUCUGGUUGGAACUCAUUGAUAACAGAGUUGCUCUUUGAAUCGAGUCCACAUGAUGGGCAACCAACAUUUGGUUAAGGCAGCAAAGAAUUGAUGACUUUGAAACUGUAUCUCAGCAGGAGAUCAUCUUUUCAGGAUGCAAAAAUAUUGGCAGAAAAUCAGACGGAAAUAUUUAAGGGAGAAAAGGUAUCUGUGGAAGAGGUAAUUCAGAUUAAGAGAUUCAAUUCAGAAGAGAUUGAUUGUACUAUUUUGACCAUUGGGAGAAUGAAUGAGCUAUAAUAUCUCAAAUGAGGAUUGGCUUAUCCUAUUAUGAAUCCAUCCUCACCUAGUCUGACCUGAGUGUGAUUCCAUUCCUACAAUAAUGUGAUUCAUGCUUUACCAUCUUCUACUGCCUUCCAAGUAAUCCAAACAGUUGGCUUACCAUGAUCUUUUCAUGGCAACAAGAGGUGAAUAACGAAUACCUAUCCUGGCAGCAAUAUCCAUAUUACAAGUUUUCUUCUAAAUAUUGUAGUAUCCAUUGUUAUAUCCAGUGCAACUAUAUGUUAUAAAGAUUGGUUGAAUUUCACUCUAAACACUAUGUCUCAAAAAAAUUCUUUAUGGGAUACAAUAUAAAGAAGACGAACAAACCACCGACAGCAAAUAACCUUUCAAGAAAGAUGUCCUAAAUUAGUUUCUCACAUCCACUCAUCAAGGUAGAGCCAUUCUUGGCCAGCAACUUAUUACUUGUGCCAAAUAAUUCCUAAUUAUGUGUAUCAUUCUGAGGAACAAUUAUACAGCAUGCAGGUCUAUUACAUGGACUGAAAGGUGCUGUGUGUGAUAGGAAAUUAAAUACAUUGGACUAAAUGAUCUUUGAAUUGUGCAAGUAAUUAAGACAAGCAAGCAUUUUGUGUCCUAAAUGAAAUCUGUAUGUGGAUAGAGCCUCAGGAUGACAUUACAAUAACUGAUGUUUACAUGCCUCAUGGAGAGUUAGAGCAGUGUCUGGACAGACAGAACAUGCUACAGAUAAUACUGUGGCAUUAAAUUUGAAAAUGUGAAGCACAAUUUUACUGAACAUAAUCCUCGCACUUGACGAAUUACAAUUCUUUUCUUUUAUUCUCUUAGUAUAACUGAUCAAUUUAUUCUUGUUUUACAAUGCUUAGAAUUAACUAAAGUUAUAAAACAUACUACUAUUUGCUAACAUCUGCUGUUUAAUUUAUUUCUAUUUAUAAUUUAAGAAAAUGGUUCAAUGAAAUCCUUCUUUUGUUUAAGGAAGAAAAUAUUCUUGAUUAAUACCAUAUGUCAUCCUGUGAUUCAUACAUACUGGAAUAUAUAUGCAGCCUCUGUGAUGAGGACAGAUGUGAUUAAGUUACAAAACAUGUUAUGCCAUUGUAUAGACAAAUUCCAGAGAAAGUGAAGCAAGUAUAAUUAAGACAUGUACCAAAGCCAACAAUCAGCUACUCUUCUACAUUGUUUCAAUACACCGACAAAAAAAGGGCCUGAAGUAAUCCACAGCACAUAAGAAGACGUGACUGGACAAUCGUUCUCCAAAAGGUUCAGUACUAUUCUGUAGCUCUCAAUAACUCUUUAAGUUAUAGAAGAUAUCCAGAGGAAGAAUGUGGAAACACAUUAAUGGUUUCAUUUCUGUGUCUGUCUGAAAUGUUUUUGAAUUAAGUGAAUCUGCUUAAUUUCCAAAACUUCCAUAGCAGUAUAUAUUUAAAAUCAGCCUUCUAGUAUGUGGUUGUUUUCUUGGUAAAAAGUUGAUUGUCUUAUCAAAGACACCAAAAUAGUUGCACUGUAUUUUUAAUGUAUUAACAGCAAAGGUACUGUUACUUUCACCAGAAACAAAAGUGACCCAGUAAUUGUGCACACAUUAGCACCAGUGACAUUGAGGUUUGGUUAGAUGCUCUGAAUAACAUUGAUGUCAGUUUGCCAAUCACCCUUACUCAAUGAAGACUCUUCAGUUGCGUAGUUCAGAAUGACUCAAUGUAAUUGUGCAAGUGGCCUGGUAUUUCCUAUUAACCUUUCACUAUCAAGAUCAGACCUGGUUAUGUUACAAAUGAAAGCAGGUUAGAACAAAAUCUUAAUAAUUAAUAAAUUGUAUCCAGUAGCAAAAUUGAAAAAGAGUGACUACACAGAAUUCAGUGCCAGUGCUCUGUUCUUGUUACCAACAAGACUAAUUGAAUACUAAUGGCUGGACAAGAUUUGAUUAUUAAUUGAAAAAAGUCACCUUAACUCUGCAAAGCAUUGGCAAGAUUUACACUUUGAAUGCUGUGUGCAGUUCUGGAUGCUCCACCUAUGAAUGGACGAAGAUGGCAAAAGUUUAGAAAGGAGCUGAUUCCAGGAACAUUGAGCUUGAAUUUAUGAGGAGAGAUUCACAGAACUGGUUUUAAUAUUGAAAUGAAAGAAAACUGUGAGAAAAUCUGAUUAAAAUGCUGUAGAUAUCUUCAUUGUCAAAGUAAACAGUUAUUUGCUUGUGAUUAUAGGAUAUGAUAGGAGAGGGCAAACAAAUAGAAAAGCAAUGAAAGUUGAUAUGGAUCCACAUGCCAGAAGAUUUUUUCUCCAUAUUUGAGUGAUGUGUCUAGUAGACUCCCAACUGAACAAGAACAUAAUAAAAAAGAAAAAUUAUUUACUCUGUUGAAACUCAUCCCUUUCAAUUCUGUUGUUGACAACCACCUUGCAAAUAGCUAAAUACAGAAGGGUUAGAAUCAUAAUUUAUAGCAUACAUGAGAUGUGCUAUCUCUGACUCUUGAAUCAGAGUUUUCUACUUAGAUCUCACUUCCCUGUCUCUGCACCCAUAGACACAAAUACACUUGGGACAGUGAGAGAAGUGCAGACAGAAUACCCCGGAGCAGAGUUUUGAGGGUUGUGAGGCUGGAUUAAUAUUCUGUGUUUUUAUUUUUAAAGGUCAGUGAGUCAUUUCAAUUGAAGCCACUUACAAGAUUCCUGACAGUUCCUGUCCCCAUUGAGAUUGGGUAGGUUGUUUAGAAUCCCUGGCAGGACAAAUGCCAGGUGGCAUGUGGAGAGAAUGGGUUUGAAAAUUAUCCAGAGUCGCAUUUUAUUGAACAGUUCUGUACUGAACUUUCUCACAGACCGGGCCACAGAUUGAUCUGCAGGUCACACAUGCUCCAUUUAACAUAGUGUUAAUAUCUUCACAUACUAGAGAACUCAUAUUUGAUAUAAAAGCAGAAAAUGUUACAAGUGCAUGACAAAUCCCACUGCUUAUAAGUUACUGUCUGUACAAGAGUUAUAUUAAGGAUGCUCAAUCUCAACAAUAUUCAAGGUAGACAGAUUAAAUUCAUACAUGCAACAGAAGCCAGUUAUUGUGGUCACCCAUAUUACAUGACACAAGGUAUUGUGAUUCACCAAACAUUGUAUACAACACACAGCUUAAUUAUCCUCAGUGCUCACAAGGUUACGGUUUGAUGAUUCAAAAGGUCAAUUCCUACACAGUAGAAAUACCAUUCUUUUUUGCAUAAAACACUCAAUGGUUGCAUUUCUGUUUACAGUUUGGACAAGUGCAAGGUUGCAUUAACAUUCUUCUUCAAUAGCAGUUCAGAUGACUGAUAUUGCAUGCCCGAAUCCAUUAGUUGAGACCGAUUUCAAAAAAAUCGUGCUAACUUGCCCCUUCUAGCUGGCAAUUUAGAAACAGGAUUCACAAUUUACAGACCCUAAACCAGAUCUGGCAUUAAAAUUACUCGAAUACUUGCAUCAAUUACAGCCAGAAAAGGUUCUUAAUGCCAUUUUGGACACUUACACUGCAAAAAAUUCAAACCAAAUCAAACACUCUGUUUUUGGCACUCUGUGCACGAUGAUAAUAAGAGCGAGUGCAAGAGUGAGGAAGGACAGUAGCUCCCUCAACCUGUGAAAGGAAAGCAAUUCUUAGGAGAAAUACCACAAAUAGAGUGUAUUCAGAUACUCAAAUAAACAGGUAUGCUUAUUUGUGUUACCAGUCCAAACCCCAGAAGGUAUAUAUUACAUGACAAUUACCACUGUCAUAUCCAGGGAGGACUUUCUAGUCGCUUUCUUAAAAUCCUACUUGAGAUGUAAAGCUUAAAAUGCAGAUUUUGUAUUAUCCACUUUCUCCUUCAACAAAGUUCUCAACCAACUGAACUUAGUAUAUUCUUGUGAAUUUUAAUGUCCAUUUCAUAUUUGCAAUAUAACUCAUGCAAUAACAUUUUGCUUUGGAGUUCCAGAGUAAGACGCUCAGUUGCAACUUGGUGAAUUUGAGGUAAUGACACAUGCAACAAGUGUUCCUCCUCCAUAAAGCUUCUGCAUUAAAAGAACUCUCCAGUAAUUCAUUCAUUUUCCCCUUUCUGAGUAUUUAGGCUGAUAUUAACAAAAUUCCCACCUUAUAUCUUAGAGUACUUGAAAUUAAUAACCAAACCUUGUUACAGUCAAAAAGUUAUUCUGAAUGCAUCCUUUUAUAGCCUUUUUUUUGACAAGACCUUCAAAUUGUUCCAUUUGAAUUGAUUAUUUUACUCUACAGAUUCUUUUCUUUAAAGCUAGAGCAAGGCUCUGCAGUACUAUUAUUAAGAACAUACAAAAUAUGAGGAGUAGGCUUUUCGGCACUUGGAGCCUCCUCCAGAAUGCAACAAGAUCAUGGCUGAUCUUCCACCUCAGUGCUAUCUUUCACUUUAUCCCCAUUGUCCAUAUUACCCCAAUCUCUAUUAACUUCUGCCUUGAAUGUGUUCAAUCACUCACCAUUAACAGCUGGCCGGAUAGAGAAUUCCAAAUAUACACAACACUGGAGGUGUGUGAACAUUGUCAUCUUCAUCCUCAAUAGCCAGUCCCUAAAAAGAAUGACCCCUUUCUUCUAGAUUCCCCAACCAGGGGAUUCUCAGCAUCUGCUUUAUCAAGUACCCUAAGAAUUUUAAAUGUUUAAAUUGGAUCAACUUUCAUUCCUCUAAACUCUAGGAAAUAUAUAAGGUGAGUCCAUUCAAUCUCCCCUCGUGGGACAAUCGCCCCAUCCUGGGAACCAGUCUAGUGUACCUUUGUUACAUUCUACUUAAGUCAGAUGAAACCAUUCCUUAGACAAGGAGACCAAAACUGCACACAAUACUCCAAAAGUGGCUUCACAAAAUGCCUGGUCUGGUUAAAAUAGCAAUAAAAAAAAGCAAAUCAAACAUUUCAAAUCUGGUGGACGUGUCUAAAUUUAAUGUUGGUAAUUUACUUUUGCUGAAGGCUUUGCUACUAAAUCACUGACUACUGUAUUUAAUUUUUUUUGUACCUCGAAUAGACUUGACGUUAUCACAAGGGAUGAAGAAGAGACUGCAGCUUUACAAAACCACUAGGUGGCAGAGUAGGGUGCAAAUUCAAUAGACUGGACAAAAAUUAUGCACAGAAUUAAAAACCAGGAUUAAAAUAAAAUCUAUUGACCAGAAUACAACCUGGUAACAUCAAGAUGUAAGUAGUCAGUGCAGGUUUACCUUUAGUUUUACAUUCAGAUGCCUGAGUCAGAAAUUGAUCACUGUCAUUGGUGACAGUUCCAAGACUGUUGCUGAUAAAUAAUUCAGAUUUGUUUGACUCAGCCUGCCAAAUCUGCUUUUCCUCAACAAUCUUAAACUCAUAAAGACAAUCCUAAGAAGGUUGUCCUAACAUCGGAAUGAUUUUUCUUUCACACUGUACAAUAAAUGUAUUUGAUUUCUUUCUACAUAGAUCGUAACAUUUUCAGUCUUUGUGACAGUUGCACUUUUUAUUUUUGCAUGUUAAUGUAUUGUUGAUUGCACACAAUCCCUCAAUGUCAUUUUAGCAAGAGCGAAUCCUAAAUAAAAAAAAUGUU